UUUAUAUGUUUUAUUGAUAGACAAAUCAAACUGGAGCUGCUUGACAGCCAAAUUAGUUAUUAUUGUAAAAUGCAGAAGAAUGCAAAGAAAUGUGCAAUACAGGACCAGACCUUUACACCAUGGAAACAUGUUGAUAAUGUUCUUAAUGUACUGUAUGUUGAAGUAAAUAUUUUCAUACAGAUUCAUAUCUCUACAUUUUUACCUUUAGCAAUAGUUGUGAUUUGAGUAAUGAGGGACUUUGCCCCAGUAGAGCUUUAUGUCUAGCAAUGCCGCUGAGGCGGGGUCCACCCUGGACAGGUCACCAUUCUAUCACAGGGCUGACACUUAAGAGAGAGACAACCACACACACCCACACUCACUCCUGCGGGCACUUUAGAGUUGUCAGUCAAUCAAAGCUGCAUGUCUUUGGACUGUGGGAGGAAGCCGGAGUACAAUAGGUUUACAAUAGGUUACUCUGAGUUCUGUUCUACAUGUAUUUGAUGGUUGAACCUCUCUCAGGUGUGUGUCAACAUCACAGCUUGUGGGUGUGUACACUACCCAAAAACAAGCCAGACAGGUCGGACUCGACUCCAUAUGGCUCGUAACAGGAUCUCCGUUACUGGAAACUCUGAAGUCCACAGGUUUGUUUUUUAGUUAAUUCCGCCUCGGUAUUGAUUCAUUUUUAAAUUCUUCGGCGACACCCAACUUUUGAGUAUUUCAAUGAGAAGACGAGACGGACCAGGUGUGGCACAACAGGCUGCGACAUGACUGAUAAUUCCUUCAGAGUGAAGCAAAGUGUGCGUAUGAGUGAGAGUUAUUUAAAAGAGCGAGCAGGAGGCAGGACGAGGGAUUUACACAGCUAAACGAGUUAAUAUUGGACCGGUCUGUUUUUUAAACCCUAAAGUACCUUUGAACUUUUUUGCGUCUUGCGUGCGUAAACGUGUCCUCAAAGGGAAAUGCUGGGGACGCUGUGGCGCACAGGACUUCUGUUCAGUUUCAUCAGAUUCUGCACCUGUCUGGGUAAGAUGAAUGGUGAUGCAGGCUACACACUGAGAUAACUAGCUACACUUUAACAAACGAGUUCCCUGUCUCUUCUUUCUCUACAGAGGAAAAAUGUGUGCUUGGCAUUGUUGGACAUCCCACCUCACUGCCCUGCUUUUACCCUGAACUGUUAACAUUUGCGAAUGUUUCCAUUGAGUGGAGGAGGGACGGUGAAGUGGUGCUCAGAUCAGGGCUGAAAGCGGAUGGAAAUUUGACGCAGUGGAGUAUCAACAAUGCCACCAUCUCAGCUGACGCUCUGCUGACUGGAAACUUGUCUUUGGAGAUUCCCACAGCUGAUCCCAAAGAAGACAACAUGUUUUAUAGUCUGUUCAUUAUUUCAGAGAAGAAUGAAAGUACUCCGCUGUGCACUAAGUGUCUCAGGAUAGCAGCCCGUUUCAGCUCCCCAUUGCUGCAGCGAGUAGAAGCAGAACAGGGGACCGAGACAGCCUUUGUGUGCCACUCCAGUGGUGGUUUUCCUGAACCUGCAGUUUAUUGGCUGAUCGAUGACACCGAGGAGCCCCCCGAAGGCUCAGUGAGGACCCUGGCAGUAUCACACCCAGACUCCCAUCUCUACAACAUCACAAGCCACCUGACGGCCAGCAUUUCCAAAGACUCCAGCGUGUCAUGCAUCAUAGACAACAAGUUCAUGAACGAAACCUUGACGUCGAUGAGCUAUGGACUGCGGAGCAGCAAGGUGGUGAGUCGAGCAUCAGAGGCCAUGUGGAUCUUCAGCACAGUUCUCUGUGUGUUGGUUGGGGUGUUGGUGAUUGUGGGAGUGGUCUAUCAGAUCCACCAGGAUAGGAUGAGUAAAAGGAAGAAGUACCAAGACCCAGACAGAGGGUACAGGAGACGACGUCUGCAUGUGGAGGAAACAGAUAUGAAGACUGAGCCACCGGAGUCUGAUCUGUAAAGUCUGGACUCAGU